AUGACUAAACAACAAAAAAAAAAAAGUUGCCCCGUUAGCAACCUCCACUUCCGGUUUUUCCUUCCUUCUCAACUCUCUCCUCAUUUCCAAAUAUAUUCACCAUUUUUCUUCUUUUCCUUUCUCUCUUUUUCUUCUUUUCUUUUAAUUUUGCUUUUCUUUUUUCUUCUUUUUUGUCCUCUUUUACUUUUUCUCCUUUCUUCUUCUUUUUCUUCUCUUUUUCUUCUUCUUCUUCUUCUUCUUUUUCUUUUCUUUUUUCUCGUUUCUUCUUCUUUUUCUUUUCUUUUUUCUCGUUUCUUCUUCUUUUUCUUUUCUUUUUUUCUCGUUUCUUCUUCUUCUUUUUCUUUUCUUUUUUUCUCGUUUCUUCUUCAUCUUUUUCUUUUCUUUUUUCUUGUUUCUUCUCCUUUCUUUUUUUUUUUUCUUUCUUUGAAUUUUUUCUCUUUUCUUCUUUUUUCUUUUUUUUGCUUUCUUUUCUUUUUCUCUUUUCUUCUUAUUUCUUUUUUUUUCUUUUUCUUUUUUUUUUUUUCUCUUUUUUUUUUUUUCUUUUUUUUUCUUUUUUCUUUUUCCUUUUUUCUUUUCUCCUUUCUUCUCUUUUUCUUUUUCUUUUUCUCCUUUUUUCUUUUUCUUCUUUUCUCCUCUUUUUCUUUUUUUCUUUUUUUCUUCAUCUUUUUCUUUUGUCUUCUUCUUUUUCUUCUUUUCUCCCCUUUUUGUUUUUUUCUUAAUCUUUUUCUUUUGUCUUUGUCUUUUUCUUUUUUUUAUCUUCUUUUUCUUCUUUUUUAUCUUCUUUUUCUUCUUUUUUGUCUUUUCUUCUUUUUUGUCUUCUUCUUCAUGUGUAGUGUCCUUUCAGGACUUUUUCUUUCUUUAGUUUUUCUUUCUUUAGUUUUUCUUUCUUUAGUUUUUCUUUCUUUAGUUUUUCUUUCUUUAGUUUUUCUUUCUUUAGUUUUUCUUUCUUUAGUUUUUCUUUCUUCCUUUCUUUUCUUUCCUUUCUUCCUUUCUUCCUUUCUUUUCUUUCCUUUCUUCCUUUCUUUUCUUUCCUUUCUUUCCUUUCUUUUCUUUCAUUUCUUUCUUUUCUUUUCUUUUUUUUCUUUUCUUUUCUUUUCUUUCUUUUUUAUUUUCUUUAUUUUUUCAUUUUUUUUCUUUUUCUUUUCUUUUCCUUUCUUUCUUUUCUUUCUUUUUUUCUUUCUUUCUUUUCUUUUUCUUUUCUUUCUUUUUUCUUUCUUUCUUUUCUUUCUUUCUUUCUUUCCUUUCCUUUCUUUUUUGUCUUUCUUUUUCUUUCUUUUUCUUUCUUUCUUUUAUUCGUUCUUUUUUUUUCUUUUUUUUUCUUCUUUUUUCUUUCUUUCUUUUUUUCUUUCGUUUUUCUUUUUUCUUUUUUCUUUCUUUCUCUUUUAUUUCUUUAUUUUCUUUCUUUUUUUUUUCUUUUUUUCUUUCUUUUCUUUUGUAUUUUCUUUUUUUUUUUUCUUUUCUUUUUUUGUUUCUUUCUUUCUUUCUUUCCUUUUUAAAUUUUUCUUUCUUUUCCUUUCUUUCUUUUUUUUUUUUCUUUUCUUUCUUUUCCUUUCUUUCUUUCCUUUCCUUUCUUUCUUUUUUUCUUGUUUCUUUCUUUUCUCUUAUUUCUUUUAUCUCUCUUCUUCUCUCUUCUCUUUCUCUCUCUAUCUUUUUCACUUUAUUUUCUUUUGGAGAGUAAGUAGCAUUGUAUCUUUCUUAAAUGAUCCUUUCUUUCUUUCUCUUUCCCUCUCUCUUGUUCUUGUUCGUUUUCUCCUUUACUCUACUAUGCACUUUCAUUGUACACGUUCUUUCUUUCUUUUUUUCUUUCGUUCUUUUUUCGUCAUCGUGUACUUCAUUUUUCUCCUUUUCCCGCUGUUCACUGACUUCUCCCUCCUCUUCUCUGUAAUUCUCUACCGUACAUUUUCUUUCUUUCUUUCUUUCUCACUCACUCCUCCCAACAGUAUUUUUCUAUCGUACUCUUUCUUUCUUUCACAGGCUUCUCACACCUCCCCACAGUUUCUUUCUUUCUUUUUCAUGCACAUUUUUUUAUUUUGCCAUUCCCUGACUAUUCAUUCCUAUCGUAUUCUUUCUUUUUUCUUUCUUUCACGAACUUCUCACUCUUCCUCACAGUAUUUUCUAUCGUACUCUUUCUUUCUUUCUUAUGCACAUUUUUUUUAUUUUGCCAUUCCCUGA